CAGCACGGAGAGGCCGCCAGCGCGAACAAAAAGAAGGUUGUCCGGAUUCGGGAUAAGAUCCCGACCCACAACCCAAUCCAGCCAUCGAAGCCACUUCUGAUGCAUUGUUGGUCGGCAGACGACGAUCUGGGACCGUGGGUGAUGCACGAGAACGAGCUGCGCUACAUCCGGUUCCGGGUCAACUUCUGGGGGACGACCCGGUUCUCGUGCCGUUUUGACUGGGGCACCAAAUCCCAAACCGUCGAGGUUUACAACGCCUACCCCGACCGGUGCAAGGACGAGAGGUACUGCACUUGGGAAGUGAAGACCGACGGCUUUUACUUCGCCAAAGGGGAGUUCCUUUUGGGCUCCGAUUUUGUGCGCCUUGCCAACUGGAUAUUAGCCCGACGGCUUUUACUUCUCGUGCAUUGCCGAUCGGCAGACGACGAUCUUGGAGUGUGGACGAUGAACGAGAACGAUAUACGCCUGAUCCAAUUCCGGGUCAACUUUUGGGGUACGUUCUCGUGCCGUUUUGACUGGGGCAGCACCAAAUCCCAAACCGUCGAGGUUUACAACGCCUACCCCGACCGGUGCAAGGACGAGAGGUACUGCACUUGGGAAGUGAAGCCCGACUGCUUUUACUUCGCCAAAGGGGAGUUCCCCUUAGACUCGGACUUUGUGCGCCUAGCUAAGUGGACAUGAUGAUGGAAGAGAACCAGCAGAUUCAUACGUUUAUGCCUUGUGGGCUAUAUGUUGCUGUUUUUUUCUUUCUUUCAAAAAUGUACGUGCGGCCGUUUGUACGGAGUAUUUGUGUGCGUAGACUAUUUUCCUUCAAAAAUGUACUCUUUCCCUUCCUUUAAAUUCUUCUUAUUUUGACUUUUGGCAAAAAUAAGAAAAAUGUAAUUUUGGU